AUGUACAAGGGUAUCAUCGGGUGGUCCAAAGGAAAGAACGUUGCCGGGCUUGAGGGAAUGUUUGAUGAAGUCGAACAUGCAAAUGUUAAGAGAUUGAUUGCGCCGGCAUUUACUUGGAGAUCUGUUCUGAACUACGAAUCUCACAUCGACCACAGUGCGGGAGAAUUGGUUCAAAACCUUGAGAAUCGCGAUAUUGUUGAUAUGAAUGAAUGGCUUUCAUACUGGGCCUUUGAUAGUAUGAACAAUAUCGCCUUUUCCUCCGACCUUGGGUUUAUGCGACAAGCCACGGAUAUCGGUGGAACUAUAAGAAAAAUUCGUGCUGUCACCUCGAUUUGGAUGUACAUAUUUGCAUUCCCCACAGUGUUCAUGUGGUGUGCAUGGGCAGCAAGCUUCGUUGUCGGACCUAGCGGGAAAUUGGUCAGCAUGUGUUUGGAUCACGUCGAUUCUCGGAUGACUAGCAAGGAGAAGCAAAGCCAGUUCACUGAAAAAGAGGAGGAUCUUCUGGAUGUUUAUAUCAAAUCACGCCAGGAGCACCUAGACCUCAUUUCUCACGAGAGAGUUAUCGGAAUGACUUUCACAACCCUGCUUGCAGGAGCCGACACAACGGCGUUUAACCUAUCCUGGACAGUGUAUUACUUGCUCAAAAAUCCAGCCAUUCUCCACCAGCUCCAAACAGAGCUUGACAAUGCUAUGCUAGCAAAAGCUCUGUCCUACCCACCGACCCUCAAGGACUUAUCAAAGCUUCCAUAUCUUGACGCCGUGAUCAAGGAAGGCCUACGAUAUGCAUUACUACUGCAGCCGAAUAUGGAUCGGGUUGUUCCAAAUGGGGGCAUGGAGAUAUGUGGUCACCACAUUCCGGCAGGAACCACCAUCGGCUGCCAUGCAAGAGUGAUACACCUCGAUAAGGAUGUUUAUGGCGAAGAUGCCGAGGAUUUCCGGCCUGAAAGAUGGCUAGAAGCAAGUGGAGAUCAACGAAAGGUUAUGGAGCGUUGUGGAAUUUGGUUUGGAAGUGGAAAACAUACCUGCAUUGGCCAGCAUUUUGCUCGAGCAAAGACGAUGAAAGUUCUUGCCAUGAUGCUCAUGAAGCUAGAUAUCUCUGACGCCGAUGAAACCGCGAAGAUGGUAUCUGGCGCUGUCAGUUCGACACGCGCACCGACGCAUGCUUAUUACAUCAAGGUUAAGAAAAGGGCUUCACUUACGGCGAAGGCAUAG